AUGUCUGAGGAAAAAGUUAUCCGUAAAUCGUCGAAAAUUGAGGACUCCGGGGACUUGGAUUCAUGGGAUGAAGACGAAGGUCUGAUGUUCGCUCUGAAGAACUUUACUUCUCAACGUGAAGCCCAAAUUAGUAGAGAAUUGGAUUUAAAGUCAUGGAAAUCACUAAGUUACUCUGGGCAUACUUGUGAGCUGUACCUUGUCUCACGUUUGGCACCCAACUUUGCUACCGUUUGCCGCGUCUUGUACGAAAUCCGUAAACGAUGCCCAAGUUUUAUUCCAAAGUCAUUAUUUGAUUUUGGCUCUGGGCUCGGAACAGUCACCUGGGCGACAAACACAGUCUGGCCAGUUGGUUGCGUACGCCAUCAUUAUCUGGUGGAACCAUCAUUACAUAUGACACGAAUAUCGGAAUUUAUGUUUCAAAAGCAGGGGAGUGUUCAACCCUCUGAAUUUGUGUUUCCUGGUGUUUACCAUCGCCGCUUCAUGCCUAGUACCAAGAAUCAAUAUAAUUUGGUAGUCUGUGCUAACACUUUACUGGAAAUCCCAUGCAAAUCUUCUCGUUCACGUGUUAUUUCAUCAUUGUGGGAGAAAACAACUGAUUUUCUGGUCUUUAUUGAACAAGGAACAAAGUCCGGAUUUCAGGCAAUACUUGAAGCAAGGGACUUUUUGCGCACAAAUGGGGGACCUGAUGUUCAUAUUUUCAGUCCAUGUCCUCAUGUGCAGACUUGUGGAAAAAAGGAUUCCAACUGUAACAUUGUUGUACGAUAUUACAACUUUGGAUUAACGCGAUUCAAAAGUGAACCGUCUAGCGAGCUCAUUUCUUAUUUGGUUGUAUCAAAGGGGGAUUGGCGAAGACAUCAAGUCCCAGUCGUAAAACCUGAACCUGACCAAUUGCCUCGGAUUGUUACUCAUAAACUAUUCAAACACGAUCAGCCCAUUCACGAUAUAUGUAUGCCUUCCGGUGCAGUUGAACGUGUUCUAUUCCCUAAACAACAGACUGAUGCAGGUCUUUAUUACUACAUGAAACAAGCACAUUCUGGUGAUAUCGUCCCUGCUGAAGUGGUGGCCACAAAUGAAUCAGAGCAUAUGAUUGAGUGUGUGAACGAAGAAGAUAAAGAAAAUAAACGGUCUUCAUAG